AGAUUUGUGCUUGCUUCGGACGAGUUGUCACAUCCCAGAACCCAGUCCUACGUUCAUGACACGAUCGUCAGCAUCUCUCACCUCGGAAAACGCUACAAGUUUCGGCUUUUUUACAAACGCCAUAAACUACUACCGGUCAAUCAAGCGAUUCAACAUUUGGCUGAUGUUUCAUUGGAAGGGGACGUAUUAGUCCUCGUAUGUGGGACAAAGGUUGAAAUACGAAACCUGCGUAGCAAUGAGCUACGUGCAGCAGAGAAGGCCGUUCGACAGUGA